AUGUGUGUAGUGUGUGUGCACGAGCGUUCAACCGAUCAUCUGACCUCUCGAAACAUAAACGGAGUCACAAAGAGAAACUGUGGAAAUGGAUUCAGAUCCCCGACUGAACUGGAAACUCAUCGGCGCAGUCACACUGGGGAGAAACCAUUCUCCUGCUCUGAAUGUGGCAAGGGAUUCGGUCAGAAAUCCCACCUCCAGAGACACCAGCGAGUUCAUACUGGGGAGAGACCAUUCUCCUGCUCCGAGUGUGGGCAGGGAUUCACUAAUUCCUCCAACUUGCUGAUACACCAGCGAGUUCACACUGGGGAGAGGCCGUUCAUCUGCUGUACGUGCGGCAAGGGAUUCACUUUGGCUUCCAGCCUCCAGACACAUCAACGAAUUCACACCGGGGAGAGACCAUUCACCAGCUCCUAG